AUGGACUCUUGGCACGUGGAAGAAAGCAUAAGCAAAGCCGACCUUGAAUACUCCCGCAAGGAACUGAAGCGUAUUAGUGAAAGGAUGCGGGCCAGCAAAAGUGACAACUUGAUGUGCCAAUUGGAUGAAGAUGCCAACCAAAUCAGUCUAGCCACCUGCGACCUGGACAAAUAUGCCGAAUCGAUCGAAUUGACCAUCUUCCAAUUGAGAGCCAAAGCGCAUGAAAUGGAAAAUGCUACAGUGAAGACGAGGGUAGACGCGGCAGAUCUAGAGGUGUCUGUGGCAAGUCUCAAUGAAGCCGCGGCCAAACUCAUCAAGGUCGCCGCCAAGAUCUGCGCUCGGGUUGCAGAGAUGAAUGUGAAUAUGACCCUAAUCAGUGCGGAAGUCAAUGAUGCACAUGCGAAAAAAGCCGAUGAAGGCAGGAAAUGUUCUCGAGAGACCGGCCAGGAGGAAUGGCGACGCAGAAAUAUAUUUGACCCUUGGGGAGGUAUGGGCCCAUGGCGCACAGACAUGGCAAAGAGUGUACCGGACUUUUGGCCAGAGCAGCAUCGGGGUAUGAACAUGGGAAUGAAUAUUGCAUCGGUUGAUCCUAGCGUAUGGCGUCCGAGUUUCGGAAACCAUCGUGGAUCAGCUGAUAGCUACGAACGGCGCCGGCGCCAGAAUAAGGGAAUGCAUGAUGCAUCGGUGGAUAGCUAUGCGUGGGGCAGUGAGAUCAAGGAAAAGAGUACCGAGAAUGAUAGCUGGGCCUAG